UCAGUCACUUUUGGUACAAUGUCUGCGACCACUUUUCGAUAAUGUGCUGCACUGGACCGCCUGAUGGAGUUUCUCGCUCUCCGUCACCUAUAGACUCGUGUCGGUUUAAAACCGACUCCUCUGGGUGAACGCGGUCGAUUUUCGUCACGUUGAACUUGGCCGACAAUUCCAUCAACUGCGUGGUACCCUUGAUGUUGCUGAUGGGCCACCAUUCUGGACAUGACCGCCGCCGAGGCGAACGGCGACGCCAACGUCGACACCAAAGCGGAAGGCGUGGAGGAAACAUCCGCGACCGCGACGGACGCCUCCCACAAGGAACGUGCGUCCCCCUUUUGUUGGGUUCCGAAAGGCACCCCGUGUCAAUUUUGCGUCGCCACAGUCGAGCAGAACCAACUCGAGGUUUACGAAAAUAGAGAUUCCGUCGUUGAUCAGCUUCCAAGUGGAAGCAAAAAGGAAGACAUUUUAAUGAGUAGCGCGUCGAAGCAAGAGCCUUCCACCUUUGUUUUUCAGGAACAUACAGCCAAUCGUACAGAGCAUCUCUUGGAGUCGACUCUGCUGCGUCUAACGAAAGGGAUUCCGAAUAAAGAGCUUCGAUUGAUUAUUUCAGAGUCUGACGACAUUGAACAGGGUCUGCUUAAAGACAUUGAAAUUUUGGAAAAAGCACUGGAAGGCAAGGAGGUCGAUGAUACCGUUGUAGACGAACUUUUGGAGUCCCUCUUGACACCCAUGGAAAGCUCCUGGACUGCGCCGGCUCUACUAGGAAGACUUCGCGGAGAAUUAGCCAUUCCAAGCAUUUUAAGCGUCAAAGGAAACGUUCCAGCGCCUCCACAAUCCCGAACCGAACAUCCAAGCGCCUUGGUGGAAGUGACGAAACAUCCGCUUUAUCUUCAGGAGCACUCAAGCCCUGCGCCCCUCCUGGUCGUUUGGAAAAGAAUUUUUACCAAUAAAGAUAAAACUCUUUGGGCCCCAUUAGCUGCUUUGGUGUUCAAAAAGGCCGUACGAGCAGAGGAAGCACCGGGAUACACAGACCGUAUUUCCUUUCCCAUGGAUCUGGGCCUGAUCCGCAAGAUGAUCGUCGCUCGCAAAAUUGUUUCGCUGGCAGAUUUGCACAAAUACGUUGGUCUGAUAAGCCACAAUUGCGUCAAAUACAAUGGGCGAGACACUGACUACGGAAUUGUUGCGAGAGACUUUGAGGCCAUGGUGGACGAACAAAUUCGGAUCGCAGUAGAAACUCAAGCCAAGGCAACAACUAUUCCUAUCGAGUCUCAGUCAAGCCUGGUAAAAACAAAAGAUAACGACGGGAACAAGGACGCGGAGGAGGGUGUCGCCAGCGAUACUGCCGAAAAAAGAAUAGAAAGCGAAUCCACAGUAGAGACCAAGUUAUAGCAUAGUGUAGAUGGCUUUGCGUCCGCUCGUCACAGGCUUGUGCUGGCAUUUUCCGGUAUCGUGCCGCUUUAGCUCUGCUUCUUUGCCAACCUAUUGAGUCGAAAAAAAAAACUUCCAACACUUUGUGUGUCAGCUUCAGAAAUAAUCUAUGGCCAAACGUUAGGAGAGGAAGGGACUAUGAGUGUGAUGUAUUCUGUGGUGUUUCAUACACCCGCUUGUUGGACCACCAUGUCGGUCACAUGCCGAGCACCGCGAUCCUGACCUGCUGCUAGGAACAUAAAUGGAGACGCGCUUUCCGUGGGUAUCGGAUGCUUCUUGAACGAAGUCAAAAACAGAAAUUCAAUCGUCAACGGACGACUUUGAAAUCUCGUUAAAUGACUGGUGUCGAACUUGAAUUUACAGCCAGAAAGUUUGUUCCAAACUUCCCAAAGCGAUAAACUCGACCUUGAUGGUCGUCGCAGUAUCUGAAAUUGUGGAGUGAGGAAUUGAGAAUCCAUUAUGUUGUUGUUGUAAGGGUUAUCGAGUCUAGAGAGAGAAAAUCACUUCAGAUUCAGUCACCGGGUCGGAAUACAGCCGGUAAGGUCCUUUUGAUCAAAUCUCCUUAUUAUGGAUGUACAGUUAUAAUAGG